AUCGAACAUCCAUCUGAAUCUCAAUUGGGUUUCCUAGAAGCCCCUUUUCUAUCCAUUGACCACCCACUAUACGCCGUCGGCGCAGACUCGACCCUUCGUCUCCCGAGUGGAAAACCAUCCAUUUCACCUCAUCAACCCUUCUCUCUAUCGCAUGCCAACUCCUAUCUUUCAUACCCCCUAAUAUUGCACCACAAUGGCCCACCCCGGCACCCUCCACCGCUACACCCCCCGCCUCGUCGCCUUAGAGCACACCCCCACUACCCCACCAACCCACACCCUCCUCUGGAUCGGCGGCCUCGGCGACGGCCUCCUCACAGUCCCGUACCCCACCACCCUCUCCCACUCCCUGCCCCCCUCCUGGUCGCUGGCCGAAGUCCUCAUCUCCUCCUCCUACCGCGGCUGGGCCACCUCCUCCCUCGCCCGCGACGCCCGCGAGCUCGCCUCCUGCGUCGCCUACUUCCGCGCUUUACGCCCCGCCCCGGGGUCCAAGAUCGUGCUCAUGGGCCACUCGACGGGGUGCCAGGACAUCAUGGCCUACCUGAGCGCUUCCGGUUCCAAGAGCCGGCCGAAGCUCGACGGGGCGAUCUUGCAGGCUGGGAUAUCGGACAGAGAGGCGCUCGUGUCUGCGCUCCCGCCCGACGUUUAUGCGGAGAGCGUGAAGGUGGCGCAGGAGUGGGUGGAGCAGGGGAAAGGGGCAGAUGUCCUGCCGCUUUCUGUGACGACCAGGGUCUUUGGGAGCGCGGUUAGUGCGGACCGGUGGCUGAGCCUGACGUCGCCGGAUAAGAGGGGCGCGGAUGAUUAUUUUAGUAGUGAUCUUGAGGAUGCGCAGCUUGAGGAGACGUUUGGGAAGAUAGGGGAGAGUAAGACGCCGCUGUUGUUUCUGUUGGGCGGGAGUGAUGAGCAUAUGCCGCCGGAGGUGGAUAAAGGGGCUUUGUUGGAGAGGUGGGCGAGGGUGGUGAGGGACGGCGGAGGGGUUGUGGAUAAGGAGGCUGGAGGGGUGGUAGAGGGAGCGAGUCAUAACCUGGAUGGAGAUCCUGAGAAGGUGGUCGGGGAUUUGGUGGGAAGAGUGGGAGCGUUUUUGGGAAGGGUGGAGAGGGGAGAGCUGGGGGCGGUGGCGCAUCUGUAGGUAAGUUUAGACAUUAGGACUAUGAGAACGAGCUUCUCAGACGAUAACUUCAUGUGUGGAGAGAAGUGUAGAUGGGUGGGCAUUAUUGAUUCUAAGAGCACAGUCAUAAUAAGUAUACUACCCCUCAACACCCGAGAUGCAUGAGCAUCGCAACAUGCAAGC